CGCAUAUUCCGUCGCCGCUCCCAGAACCACUACAGUAUACAACUUCUAGCAAGCGUGACUUCCCGACAUGGGAUGGUUGUCCUGUUAUUGCCUCGAAAAGACUGCUGAGGAGGCCUUUGUCUAGCACAUGGCUGGUGUUAUGCUAACACAUGCUGGGGAAAGCUGGGGGUCGCCAGUGGUAAAUGCGCCAGCAGCUUCAACCGACGUUCACACUGUCUCCAGAGGUCAAAAGCGGAAGAGACUACCUAGAGCACUUAUUGCGUGUGAGCCAUGCCGCCGAAGAAAACUCCGCUGUGAAGGGGACGGCCAAAAUGCAUGCAGCAGAUGUGUAAAGGCGUCAAUAAUCAGUUCUUGCAUUUACGAAAAUGUCGAUGGUACAGACCUUCGCAAAGCGUCAAGACCGGCGUCAAUUUCACGGCAAGUUGAUGGAACCAUCCUGACGGCCCCGAAUCCAACAACGGUGUCGCAUUUCACCACUACCAUCGAUAGACUCCGAGAUCUGCCUUGUGAAGGCGUGGACGACGGGUCUAUAUCAGUGUCUCAGAGCCCAGUAGGAUCACUCUUGAUCGAUAAUGAGCAGGAAGUCCCUGCCGAUCGUGAUGAUAACAGCAAAGAGCUCGGGGGCAUCAACCCUCAUACAAGAGGCACUGAAUUCUACGGUACAACUGGGGUGUUCCCAUUCCUUUCGCGCCUUCGCCAACAGGCGCAUCGGCACAAUAUGCCCUCUCAUCAACAGAAAGGCGCCUCGAUAUUCAGCUACUUGCAUAACCCCUUCUACCCGACCUCUCAGUCCGACGGUAGAUCGCCAGGUACGCAUGAGACAAAUCUAGGACUGGGAAAUCUCGAUUUUGGUUUCACCUCACCAGCGACCAGCAGCGUGACUCGUACUGCUAGAGAGGUUGACUCGGCAUUCAUUGGGCAAUAUUUCCUGUCUUUGCACCUGAUACACCCAAUUCUCGAAAAGAGGGCUUUCAUAUCUCGAUGUGAGAGGGAGUUGUGGGACGAAGGCAACAGGGUUACCAAGCCUUCUCAAGGAUUUACUGCUCUUUACUACGCUGUCCUGGCGCUUGGCGCUAUUGUGGCGAGCGAAGAGUUCUGUAGCUCUGCUCUGCCAUUGGGGUCGACCGAAAAGAACUCUUCGACGAGCCGCUCUCCGCCACUUUCGCUUCAGUAUGCGAAACAAUACUUCAGCCACGCAAAAGCCAACUUGGGCGACGUUUUCGAGGUUAGUUCUUUGGAGAGCACCCAAGCGAUGUUCCUCCUUUCCGUGUUUUGCCAGAACGCCUUGAAGCCACACAGCUGCUAUCUAUUCAGUGGUAUGGCUACAACGUCGGCUGUCGCCAUUGGCCUGCCACAUGAGAAAGGCGGGCGAGGUCCGCGGUCUGAUGAGCGCUUACGUUUGGCGGCGAGAACAUGGUGGUGCAUUUAUGCACACGAGGUCGAAAUGAGCUGUGCGUCCGGUCGCGAUACGUUUACGAAGACUUCGGCGCAAUACACUUUGCCUUUGCCAGGAAGCCACUCCUUACCCUUACAAGAAGACGAGGCUGAAGGGCAAUAUAUCAUCGCCAUGGUGACUUUGGCAAACAUUCUCAAGCAAAUAUCGGAAGACUUGUAUCAGAAUCUCCCGCCACGUCUCGAAGAACUUCGCACAAAAGCCAGUUAUCUUGAUACAGUGCUGGAGGACUGGAAGAGCAGCCUACCGACGGUUUUUUAUUUUUCUCGUCGUUCACUGACAGAACCUGAACGGGUAACCAGAUGCAAAAUUGUUCUGAAACUUCGAUAUCACAGUGCGCGCAUUCUCCUCUACAGACGCUUCGUUGAGACAUGGGCGUCCAACGACGAUAAUGCCACCAUUGGACGAGAGGUGUCUGCAUGCUUGCAGGCAGCCCGAACCACGAUUCAACUACUGUAUGACACGUAUUUGCACAACCCCUACUUCCGGACGUGGUGGUAUAACACGACCUACCUGCUCAAUGCUUGCAUGAUAGCGUUAUCUGUGAUAUUUAUGGGCUCUUGCGACACCCCUGUAUUCGAGAUCUUUGAGGACCUUGACAAAGCUCUGGAAGUGUUUGAGGUGAUGAAGUCUGUUGUGGUAGCGCGCCGCUGCGCUCAACUCACGCAAGAAGUAUGCGAAGUUGCCAAAAUCGUUUGCAGGGAGCGUGCAGCGGCCAGCCGAAGAGGAGAGGACCCUUCGAUGCCGGCUGGCGCGACACAGAGUGAUUUACAGCCUCUGGUCCCACUAGGGUUUUCAGCCACCGGAAAUGGCUCUCCAAGUGAUGUCCAUGGGGAUGCCAGCUGGCAGGACGCUUUCAUGACAAGCGUUCUAGGAGAAGGUGCUGGGGGAUUAUGUUCACUGGCCGACUUCUUUGAUUUCGAGUCUGGGGGAGUCUCCUGGAACAUGUACCACGGCGAUAUCACUGAGGCUGCUGACUACGCCGAGCCAGGAACGAGUAUUUCGUAGCACACUAUCAUUGUAAGUCAACGUGCAAGCAGGCAGUUUCUCGACCACGUCAUCACGCCUAGUUUGCAAGCUUGGGGUUCUCUGUGUUAUUUCAUCGAGAUUAAACCCUUAUGGCGCGAACCGCUAUGGGCGCUAGCGUCUGGUACUGUACAAUAAAAAUGUCGCGAGCAGCGAUUUCCUUGCCGAGGUGCUGAACUCAUCAUCACGGUAAGUGGGACUUCACAGACAGGAAACGCUCCGCUGGUGCGCCAAUCGGGUGGUCAG